GCUGAAGUCUCAAGAGACAGCAUGAGUUCCUACUCGCAACGAAUAAUUAGCGGUUCUUGCAAGUUAAAGUUGAAAAAGUUGCAAAAUUGGUGCGAAAAUGGUGAAGUUUCAAUUCAAAGGACUGAUGUGCCCGGUAUUCACGCCGUUCACCCAUGACAAGAAAACCAUCGACUAUGACGUUAUUGAGAAGUAUGGCAAUUACUUGAAGACGAGUGGAGUGCAUGGUGUGCUAGUCAAUGGAGUCAGCGGUGAGGGAACAUGUCUCCGUCUGGAUGAGCGCAAACGUGUUGCCGAAGAAUGGUUGAAAGUGUGCCGCAAACAUGGAUUAACCAUGAUGCUGUCCAUUGGCGGCACUGGCAUUGCUGAAGUAUACGAUUUGGUUGAACACGCAGAGAAAAUUGGUGUCGAUUGCAUUGUUCUCAUGCCGGAUCUAUUUUACAAGCCACGAAUCGAAGAGGAUUUGGUUGAAUACGUACAGAAUAUCGUCAAAUUUUGCCCAACACGUCCCAUUUACUACUACCACAUUCCCGAAUACACCACCGUGCGCUUGAAUCUGCUCCGCCUGUAUGACCUUCUACACCGUGCUGUUCCGAACUUUGAUGGCAUCUACUAUCGGCACACCAACAUUGAGCUAGCUACGGAUUUGCUGAAGGAAGGCUAUAACGUCAUUGUGAGCACCGAUACCAUUCUAGUUGGCGUGUUGUCUCUUGGCUUUGAUGCAAUUUCAUCGAUUUCUUUGAAUUUGUUCCCUGAAAAUGUUACUGAGAUUUAUGAUCUGAUUCUCAAUGCCAAAUUGCGUGAAGCUCUUGAGGUAAAUGACAAAUUGUAUCGUCGUAUAAAGGAGGUGGUCACAAAAACACAGGACUGGGUUGAAUCCAUCAAAUUGGAAUUCAACAAGAAGACAGACUUCAAAAUUGGCGAAACACGCAAGCCACAUGUCACUUUCAAUUGGUUCAACAAGAAGAACUGAAUUCGAUGAUGGCAUUGAUAACGGACAGCGAUUUUGACAUAUGAUGACACUCAAACUUAUCCACAGAAUUCUGUAAACUUUGCAAAUCAAAAUAAAUAUCGUUCUGAAACUGCAGUUUCAAUUCAAAGAAA